AUGGAUAAGCUCGAAGUUCCAGAACCCACCCGCUCAAUCAACCAACCAAGUUUCUACCAAAUCCCUCUUGACCAGCAUGUCGAAGUAAUCGCCAUCCAGAAACCCUUAGCCUCAACCGAAUGGAUAUACCAAAUGGGCGGAUGUUGCGAAGAUUCUGAUAAAUGUUGUAUUGGCUGCUGCUGUCCAUGCGUUGCAUACGGCGAAGUUCACCACAAAAUGCGGAACAAGAGGGUUACAGAUUAUAACCGUUGUUGUAACGGUCCUUGCUGGGGAUUCUGCGGUUUAAUGAUCUGUGGUGCACAGUGGAUCAUGGGGAUGAUGCAAAGAGGAGAAGCUAGGAGGAAGUAUAACAUGAAGGGAUCUGGGUGUGGUGAUUGUAUGAGACACUUUUUCUGCGGGUGCUGCGCGUUGAUCCAGGAGAAUAGAGAGGUCGAGACGAGGAAACAGCUACUGGUACCGGCGAAUGUACUUGGAUAUCAGCCUAGUGUCGCGAUGAGCUAUGAACAACUUAAUAAUAUUCCAGGACCAGGUCAUGUCCGCGUGUAA